AUGGAAUACUCAUGGAUAAUUCAAACUUUUAUACUGAUUACUAUAGUAACUUAUGUACAGUGCCGUGAGAAGGGAAGAUGGGAAGAUUGGGGGCAGUAUUCAUCCUGUUCCAGAACGUGUGGAGGUGGAGUUCAACAUAGAAAUAGACGAUGUAUUCGAGGAAGAUCUCAUAUGAAUGGAAUGUGUGUUGGUCCAGGGGUUGAAUAUUCAUCUUGUAACACCCAGCCAUGUCCUGCUGAUGCCAAAGAUUUCCGUAGCGACCAAUGUUCUAGAUAUAGUCAGGUCAAGGUCAAUGGUCGAAAGUAUUCAUGGCUACCCCAUACAGCAUCAUCCACUGAAUGUGUCUUAAAAUGUCAAGCAUCAGAAAACCCAGAACUGGUCAAAGAAUUCUCUAGAAGAGUAAUAGAUGGUACUAACUGUGAUGGGGUAGACAGUUUUGGCAUCUGUGUGGCUGGAGUCUGUCAGCAAGUAGGAUGUGACAGAGUGAUAGGAUCAUUCAUGAAGGAAGAUAAAUGUCGUGUUUGUGGGGGUGAUGGCUCAACUUGUAAAACCAUGUCUGAAAUCUUUGAUCAGAAAAAUCUCAAAGUAGGGCUACAUAAAGUGGUUACCAUUCCUAUUGGAUCAACCAAUAUAGUGGUACGAGAACUCAGAAAUAGCCUCAGUUAUUUAGUUGUAAAGAAUGGUGCUGGUAAAUUUUAUAUAAAUGGUUUAAGUAAAUCAACCAAUGAUAAUUCAGAAAAUAAUAUUGCUGGGACAACGAUAAGAUAUGUUAAAAAACCUGAUCGCCGUGACGAACCAGAAACAUUGUCAGCUCUAGGACCACUUAAUGAAACACUUCAAGUAGAUUUGAUGAUCCAAGAUGGCAAUCCAGGCAUCCAGUAUGAAUAUUCUGUCCAGAGAUCAUUAGUCCAUCACGCUGAGAAUCCUAAACUUCGAUACACAUGGAUCAAUGGAAUCUGGACAAGAUGUUCAAAAACUUGUGGACAAGGUCUACAGAUUAGAGCAGUAUCAUGUAUAGAUCGUCAGUCUGGUGUAUCUGUUAGCAACGACCUCUGUGACAUCAGAUUAAAACCAGAUGGCCGUCAAGUCUGUAGACAACAAGAUUGUCCGGAGGAUAGAAUUGGAUAUAGUUGGGUGUUAGGCCAUUGGGGAGAAUGUUCAUCAGAUUGUGGUAUAGGAGAGCAGACGCAAUUAGCAUAUUGUCAAGAGAAGGGAACUAUGGGUAAAGCAGUUUAUACCGAUGAUGAUCUGUGUUUACGAUAUGUUGGCCCUAAACCAGAUUAUAAACGUGCUUGUGAAGGAGAUAUUAGUUGUCCUCAUUGGACUUCAGGACCUUGGUUAGAGUGUAGUGUCACAUGUGGAUUUGGUAGACAGACCCGUCAAGUCUUUUGUCAAGAAGAUCCACCCAAUUCCCAAGAAGAGCCAAAACAAAGACCUCAUGAACUGUGUGCUCAUGAGAGCAGACCUACACGACAGAGACUAUGUACUAGGAGUCCUUGUAGUGACGGCAGCAAUAGAAAUUAUCUGGAAUUUGAGGAGAGUGGAGAAAUCAUAGCUCAUUGUUCAGCAACAUUGUAUGGUUGCUGUAGUGAUGGGAAAACAAGGGCAGAGAACUGGAAGAAAACUAAUUGUGGUCAGAAUAAAGGAAAUUCAGAUAUCAGAUAA